CCUCUAGCCGGGUAUUAGCUUUGAGCUAUUUAUUUAUUUAUUUGUAGUUUCUUUUAAAGUAAGUCAUCCAAGCCAAUCAUGCUGGGUUUGUGCCUUUACGUGCCCGUUUCCAACUCGGAUCCGGUGGAAGUGGAGUAUUUUGAGUCAAACGGAUUGCCAUCUGAGCUCAAGUCCCUUUUUAACAAACUCAGCGUGUUCCUGCCGUCCGAGGAGUUCUCAACCUACCAAAAGUGGCGAAAGAAAACCUCAAACGGCAAAGAGACUGAUGUAGACGGGCAACUGGACUUUGAGGAGUUUGUUCACUACCUGCAAGACUAUGAGAAGGAUCUGAAGCUUGUGGUGAAGAGUUUGGACAGGAAGAACGCAGGUCACAUUGAUCCAAAAGAGUUUGUGCAGUCUCUUCGUGACCUUGGGGUGAACAUUUCUCCUCGACAUGCAGAGAACAUCCUUAAGAGCAUGGACAAGAAUGGGAUGAUUACAAUUGGCAGUAAAGACUGGCGCAAAUACCCCUUAGUGGAGAAGACUGAAAACCUCCCUGAGAUCAUCCUUUAUUGGAAGCACUCCACGAUAUUCGAUGUGGGUGAGAACUUGAUGGUGCCAGAUGAGUUCACCAUUGAGGAGAAGCUGACGGGGAUGUGGUGGAGACACCUGGUUGCAGGUGGAGGAGCCGGGGCUGUUUCAAGGACCUGCACUGCCCCUCUGGACCGACUCAAAGUCAUGAUGCAGGUUCAUGGAUCCCGAACCAACAACAUGUGCAUCAUGACUGGGCUAACACAGAUGAUCAAAGAAGGGGGUGUGAGGUCAUUGUGGCGCGGCAAUGGCGUGAAUGUGAUAAAGAUCGCCCCGGAGACGGCUCUCAAGUUCAUGGCUUAUGAGCAGAUUAAGCGACUAAUCGGCAGCGAUAACAAGACUUUAAGCAUCGUGGAGCGAUUUGUUGCAGGCUCUUUGGCUGGAGUGAUUGCCCAGAGUGCCAUCUACCCGAUGGAGGUCCUAAAAACCCGUCUUGCCCUGAGGACGACCGGUCAGUACGCUGGCAUCUCGGACUGCGCAAAGCAGAUUUUCAGGAGAGAAGGACUUGGAGCAUUUUAUAAAGGCUACAUCCCAAACAUGUUGGGCAUCAUUCCCUAUGCAGGCAUCGACCUGGCCAUUUAUGAGACGUUGAAGAACACAUAUCUGCAGCAGUACGGGACUAACAGUGCCGACCCCGGUGUGGUCGUCCUGCUGGCCUGCGGCACCGUGUCAAGCACAUGCGGUCAGCUUGCCAGCUACCCACUAGCCCUGGUCCGAACCCGCAUGCAAGCACAAGCUGCGAUCGAGGGCAACCAGCAGGUGUCAAUGACCGGGCUCUUCAGGCAGAUCUUGCAGAGCGAGGGCCCGACGGGGCUCUACAGGGGCCUGGCCCCCAACUUCCUAAAAGUCAUCCCUGCCGUCAGCAUCAGCUACGUGGUGUACGAGCACCUGAAGAGUCAGUUGGGAGUGACGUCGCGCUGAAACUCUUACCAUCACAUGAAAAGCUUCAGUGUGACCCUCUGACCUGGACCCCCCCCAAGUUCUCAUGUUAGGAACCCCUGAGACUAUUUUGGGGGGAGGUAUUUUUAGUAAUCUCAUUCUGUGAAUGUCAGCUGAUGUAAGAGGAGGAAAGGCCAGCGUGGAGGAUAUGGACUCUGUGAGCUCAGACUGUCAUGACUACAACUGCUGCUAUUUACUGUUUCUUUUCGUUUUUAAGAGAAGCUGUGAGAGUUGAAGCAAUGACUGAAUGUAAAUCCAGGACCAAAUGUUUUUAUUUGUUCUUGAGUCAAAUGUCCAGGUCUUUCCAUUGUUGUGACGUUGUAAACUUUGGUAGGUCAGUUAGUUGUGUAUGACCAGGACAUGCGAGUAAAUCAGAGUGUGUUUUACUCGGCAGAUGUAGGAUUCAUAAGCUUUGUGUUUGAUAACAGCUCUGCCUCUAGAAAAAUAUGACUGUAUCCCAAAUGAGAGGAUUUUUGCACAAGAAUUUUUUUCUCUCAACCCCUAUCCUGAUUGCAUUGAGUGCAGGAUUUUCUGCAUGCAUCUUAUUUAUUGCUACCUGCCCUGUAUUUAUUCUCUAAAUGAGAAGAUGAGUUGUCUCUUGAAACACCAGUCGUGCAAUUGAAAUUUCUGGGUGUGGGUGUGGUAUUAUUGCCUUAACAACCCAAGACACUAAAAUGUGUGGUGAAUUAUUGGGCUACAAGUUCUUGUUGGCAGAUAGAUGCUGUCAAUCUUUUCUGAAGGUAUGUCUUAAGUGUUCACCUCAGGUUUAAAGGGAAAACGAUUUUGUUGAAUUCUUGUUAAAAGCACAUGUUCAAAAGGAGGAGUUUGGAUAUCAUUUUGAGCACCAAUUUUGCACUUUAAUCAAUGUUCAUGGCUCACCAAUGCAGGAUAAGAUUAUUUUGUAAAAGUUUUACUAAUGUUUUAAAGGACCAUUUUUGAUGCAAAUAAAUGCGAGUUCAAAAAUA